CCAAUUCAGUUACAAUUUCGUCGCUCUAACCGCCAACACGGUCCGACGGCUGAACGUGAAAACGUGUUUUUAGUUUACCAAUAGCCCGUAGUCUACUGCUAAUUUGUUUUUCAAAACCGAAUGGCUUUAGUUUAAUUGCUUAAUUCAUUUUUGAAUAUCGAUCUGAUUGGACUCAGUCCACCUUGAAGUUUGGAUCGAUUUAAUAGGCCACUCGCUUGCAGUUCAAACAAACCGAAGGCUUCUAAACACCACCUGAACGUGUGGGUGGUGGGAUUUUUAUAUAAUCUGGAACAUUUUCGACAACCUCUCGGGUGCGGAGCUAGUGGCAUUGGUUUAAUGCGUCCGUCACGCGUUUCCCCAUCAGCCGGAGCACAUGUGCGGGUUACAUUUUAGGACGCGUAACAGUCCGUCUCAGAAGACGUCCCUCCGCUGGGGCGACUGCUGUCUAGCCUGAUCUAGUGUUCCGACCGUGAUUCGAGUUCCUAGCCGGAGACCUCAUCCUCGAUUUCAAUCGACCUACUGCUACGGGACUUCCCGCAUCCACCAAGAGCCCUUUGGAGCAGGAAAUGUUGCAUAAGCCGAGGAGCAUUUGAUUGGCGCGCUUCUCUGAUUGACGUCGCUAAGCUCCAGAAUCGAAAAUCGGCGUCCGCUUGAACUUGGCGCACAAAUCGCAAGACAGAGCCAAGAGGUCAACCCCAUUCCGAGAGUAUCAGUUUACACCAGCGCGUGGAGAACCGUGAGUUUCGUAGCCAAGGACACGCCUGAACUGCAAGGAUGAUCAAUAUCGCCGGCGUGGUGAGCAUCGUGCUCUUCUACCUCCUGAUCCUGGUUGUGGGCAUUUGGGCCGGUCGCAAGAAGCAGUCCGGCAACGAUUCGGAGGAGGAGGUGAUGCUGGCCGGACGCUCCAUCGGGCUCUUCGUUGGCAUCUUCACCAUGACUGCCACCUGGGUGGGUGGCGGCUACAUCAACGGCACGGCAGAGGCUAUAUACACAUCGGGUCUGGUGUGGUGUCAGGCUCCAUUUGGAUACGCUCUGAGCUUGGUAUUUGGUGGCAUCUUCUUCGCCAAUCCCAUGCGCAAGCAGGGCUACAUCACCAUGCUGGACCCGCUGCAGGAUUCCUUUGGUGAGCGGAUGGGAGGACUGCUCUUCCUGCCCGCUCUCUGUGGAGAGGUCUUCUGGGCAGCCGGCAUCCUGGCUGCACUUGGAGCCACUCUUUCGGUGAUAAUCGACAUGGAUCACCGUACCUCGGUGAUACUGUCCUCCUGCAUCGCCAUCUUCUACACACUGUUUGGUGGACUGUACUCCGUGGCGUAUACGGACGUGAUCCAGUUGUUCUGCAUCUUCAUCGGUCUAUGGAUGUGCAUUCCCUUCGCCUGGAGCAACGAGCACGUUGGCAGCCUGAGUGACCUGGAGGUGGACUGGAUCGGGCAUGUGGAGCCUAAAAAGCAUUGGCUAUACAUAGACUACGGUUUGCUGCUCGUCUUUGGGGGCAUUCCCUGGCAGGUCUACUUCCAGCGGGUGCUGUCCAGCAAAACGGCAGGAAGGGCCCAGCUCCUGUCCUAUGUUGCAGCCGCCGGAUGUAUUUUGAUGGCCAUUCCACCGGUGCUCAUCGGAGCGAUUGCCAAGGCCACACCUUGGAACGAAACAGAUUACAAGGGACCCUAUCCCCUGACCGUGGACGAGACGAGCAUGAUUCUGCCCAUGGUGUUGCAGUACCUCACGCCCGACUUCGUGUCCUUCUUCGGACUGGGCGCCGUUUCUGCUGCCGUGAUGUCCUCCGCUGAUUCUUCGGUGCUCUCCGCCGCCUCUAUGUUCGCCCGGAACGUUUACAAAUUGAUUUUCCGUCAGAAGGCGUCCGAGAUGGAAAUCAUUUGGGUGAUGCGAGUCGCCAUCAUUGUGGUGGGCAUCCUGGCCACCAUCAUGGCCCUCACUAUUCCCUCCAUCUACGGCUUAUGGUCCAUGUGCUCGGAUCUGGUCUACGUCAUCCUGUUCCCGCAGCUGCUCAUGGUGGUGCACUUCAAGAAGCACUGCAACACGUACGGCAGCUUGUCGGCUUACAUUGUGGCCCUGGCCAUCCGGCUGUCGGGGGGGGAGGCCAUCCUAGGACUGGCUCCGUUGAUCAAGUAUCCUGGCUACGACGAGGAGACUAAAGAGCAGAUGUUCCCCUUCCGCACCAUGGCCAUGCUGCUCAGCCUGGUCACCCUCAUCUCGGUCUCCUGGUGGACUAAAAUGAUGUUUGAGUCCGGCAAGUUGCCGCCCAGCUACGACUACUUCCGCUGCGUGGUCAACAUUCCGGAGGAUGUGCAGCGUGUGGGCGAUCCCUCGGAGUCGGGUGAACAGCUAUCCGUAAUGGCCGGACCCCUGGCCAGAUCCUACGGAGCGGCCACAAUGGCGGGCAAGGAUGAGCGCAAUGGCCGCAUCAAUCCCGCGCUGGAAUCGGACGACGAUCUGCCAGUGGCGGAGGCACGACGCAUCAACCAGGAGACGGCGCAGGCGCAGGUCAAGAAAAUGCUGGACAACGCCACUGGAGUAAAGCCCUCGGGCGGAGGAGGGGGCCACCUCCAGACCCAAAGCGGGAUGGCCAUGCCCACUGCGGAGCAGGAUAAUACGGCCUUCUGAGCGGAGUAGAAAAUCCCAUGGCAUCUUGGCAGCUGAAUGCCCAAAAUUAGGCUGCAGUUGAUACCAGAUAAAUAUCCGAUUUUAUGUUGCGCUUGUUAGGGGGACACAAAUGGGGGAUGUUGGGGUCAUCAGAUUGUGGAGAGGAGUACAGAAAGUAUUAGGAAACGUACGUUAAACACACAAGUGCUCAGGUAAAAUGUGCAGAAAGCUGAUCGUAAGGUUUACAUUUUCAUUUAGCCAACUUAAUGUGUAUAGUUUCUACAAGCUAAAAGCGUUCUAUCGGUAUUUAUUUUGAUGUUAGAGUAUCUAUGUGUAAAUGUUCAUUAUCCUGCCCGAGAAUUGCAUAGGAAUUCCCGUAUUAACCCAAAAAGUUAGCCCAAAAAGUUGAAGAGGCUAUGGAAGUAAGUGCAUGUAUAACCACUGAGGAGAGCAUUUGAGCAAUAUGAAUUGGCAUUCCUGGCGUUAGCAUAUCGAUCAUAUACUAUAUAGAUGCAUAUAAUGUGAAUCAUGUGUCCUUCCAGAACGAACAAAGCUAAGCAAAACUAACCACAAACUAAUGCAAACGAAACAUAUCAAAACAAGGCGGAAGUAUAUCAAUAUACAUAUCACCCGUGUAAGCUAUAUUGGAGAAUCGGGGUAUAAAAACAUCCACUAUAUCCAAACAGUAGUCGAGUAAGUGAGCGAGUUAUAUAGGAAUGAAUUUUAGCUGCUCUCAAAGAGCAAAAACCACAAGGUACAUGGCAGAUGGUACACAGGAAAGCCGAUCUGUAUAUAUAUAUAUGUAUAUAUAUAUAUAUAUAUAACAUGUUGCGUCGUAGUACCUAAAUAUAUACCUAUACAAAAUCAUAUACACAAGCAUAUAUAUACAUAUCUAGAAGCCAGCCACUGAAUUUAGAGAGUUAUACCCAAGGAAGCACCCACGACACUGACCCAGAAACCUGCGAAAGAAACAUUGGCAAGGGAGUUUCCGAUCUAUAUAAACACACGCUGCCUGAACCCCGAACCUCAAAUCCCAACCCUUGAUCUCAACGUUACUCCAAAAUGAAGCCCAUUUGAAUAUAGUUUACCAAGAGAUGUGCGUUAGUUCCUCCUUUCGAAAGCCUCUCGGCCAUUUGAUACUCUUUCGACGCGUUAGAAAGAACUAAUUUAAAUCUUAAAUCUGGAUUACUGAACUCAACUCAAGUAAAGGAAAAUGCGUUCAUAUCUUGGUAAGGUUUGGAGCCCUAUGGAAAAUACCACAAUUACAUACAACUCAUUAAAUUGUAAUAAAUGUUGACUGCUUUUUGAUUGAGCCUCGUAUGUUUGUUGUAUCGAGGUAGAGUUUUUUAACGUUUACAUAAGUGAAACUAACUAAGAAGAGUUUGAGUCCAUUUAGGAUUAUCUACCAUAUGAUACAAGCAUAUCUGUUCGUUGUUAUUGUUAUAAUCUCUUGCAUCAGAUCUGAGUGUGUCAAUUUCAAUAGAGUUUGAAUCCGCUUAACUAAGGAGUUUCACUAAAUUUCCCGAGAUCCUACAUAAGUAUUUAAGUGUGUUUGUAUUCCACGUUUCGCGUUUCUUUGUGCAGUUGACCAGGUUUGUAAAUAUGCAAAUUAUAAUUACUCGAAUCGUUUGUAAAGUUACUAUCAACUAAACCAAAACCACCAAAUAAUUUAUGCAUUCAACUGCGAUGACUUCGCUUGGUUAAAACAGUCGAAACGAUUCUGUGUUGCAAUUCGUUAAACAUACCUACUUCUGUUAUUGUUAACAAAACUUGGUCUAUCACUCCAAGUCACCUUAACCGAAAUAUAUGAAAUGAAAUAAAAUAAAAAUGCAAAUACAAAUGAAAAGGACGAAGGGUUACGAUAUACAGUACAUGAUGUAUUAAAGUGAAAUUAAACCGAAUACAUAUCAAUGUUUUAAGCAUAGCAAAAUGGCAUAAAUCGAAAAAAGUAUUUAAUAAAUAAAAGGUAUAUAUAUCUACAUUAAAAAGGUUUCUCUGUUGCCCCAAAA